AUGAAUUCUCGUAUCGGCGUGUCCUUAGAUUCGUCAAUGCACGAAUCCACUCCGAUAAACACUGGCCUAUCCGUGCCGUUAUUAGACGCGACAGCCACAUCAACAAAUAGCUUACGCUCAAGUGAACGAAGACUGCAAUCUGUGACGCAACGACGUCAAUCUCGAACAAUGUCCCACAUUCAAUCUUUUAUAAGAGUGAAAGUCGUAGUAGAUGAUUCUGGCACACUUCGGAAGCCUUUCGAUAUUACCAUCAACCAGGCCUUCACUAUUGAGCAAGUCGCGCAUCAGAUUGAAGCCGAGUAUGCAUUCAAUGCUGGGUCUGAGGGAGCAGCGAUUGUAGAUGAUGUAGAAACUGCUUCAUUCAAACCAUUGACCUGUGGUAUGAUUCAUGAUGCUGGGAAUAUGGAGCUCAAGUUUUCGGAUGUCAUUGGCAAUGUGGUCAAGUUUAAUGACACUUUGUUUAUUACAAACACGUGGCUAGGUCCAGUGAUACCGAAGACGUUAAAGACAUCCAGUGGAUCUGACAGUGGCAGCUUCCCAGAGAUUGAGCGAUCAGCCAAAAGCCGAAUUUCUGAGCUUGACCGCCCGAAAACUCCUACAUUGGAAGUUACAUCCCAUCAUCUAAUUCCUCUAAUAACUUUGGAACAAAACAGGCUCCCCUCCCUCCGAGACAUGAGCGAACUAUCCCCAGCAAAAUCCAAAUUAAAACUCCUCUCUCGACAAAACAGUCACGCCUCUUCAAUCUACACUCCACUCGAUAUCCAAAGUCGUAAUAAUCUCGCAGCAUCCUCAACAACCACCGUUGACACUGAUAUUGACAAUGAAUUACAAUCGCUGCUAUACUCUCGUAUCGGAUUAGAUUUCUUGAGAGAAUUCUGUACGUGUGAAUUCAGUCUCGAACCACUACUUUUCUGGAUGGAUUGCGAAGUGUAUCAAAGCUCGGAUCCAUCAGUACGGCGAAUACUGGCUAAAUACAUCUAUCUGACGUACAUUGAACCUACCGCUCCCUUACUUGUCAAUCUCGCCAAUGAAGUACGACGCAAGUUGCAGUGGGAUGUCAUAUGUAGUCCGAGUGAAUCGCUGGAUAUUACAGUGUUUGAUGAAGCACAAGAAGAUGCAUAUUGUAUGCUGAGAGGAUAUCAGUAUUUGCGAUUCGAAUCCAGUCCGUACAUGCAGUCUUACAUCAACAAACGUGAACGAGACCUGACCGAAUACACCAAAGGACAAAUCAAAGACUCAUACGCCCAAACAUUCCAACCAGAUAUGAACUUUAUCCGACUAGCUUGUGCAAGUUUGGAAGAUCCAGAUUCGGCUACCUCCUUUGAGGCCAUACGUAAACUAGCCAAGGGCCGUACCGACAUCACCAUCAGCUCGAAAUCAUUCAAAGAAAUCGUCCUGAGCCAAAUCAUUUCUCAGUAUUUCGUCGGACUACGAGCCAACGCAGCAGCAGCCUAUUUCUCAGAUACAGCUCGUCUAACAUGGGGCUUGAAGGAACGCAAACUAGCCAAAGCCGACAAACUAUCCAAAUUCUUUGGCCAACGAUUGACGAAUUACGAGUUGCAAGAACAAGCUGUGGGACGCGUGCAUGAUCCAGCUGACGACGUGGCAUCGUCUGUAGACAGUAUGAAUAGCAGUCCAGACCGACGCUCCCAUCGCAAAAGCAGAAAGGAAGGAGCCAGUAACAAGAGUGAUGCCAACAAGCGUCGUAAACGGGCUGGGAAACUAGAAACUAUUUUCGGUGAACGACUACCCAAACGGCAACUCAAGGUGCAGAAUCUUGUUGAUCAGUCAUCGGGUGGUGAAACUAUGAGUGAAGAGGACGAUGAGUGGGAAGAUGUGUCGGAAUCAACCAUGACUCUACAAUCUAUGGAUGUAGUAAAGGAUGAAGAGCUAGUUCCGCUCCAAACCAUCAACAAAUUGACAAAUCGCCAACGCAAAGUACUAGCCCAACGAUCAGCCAAACUCAAGAACAUGAUGGGUGCUGCGUUACGUGAAGAUGUAGCUGCUGGUCAAAUGGGUCUCCCACAUGGUUUGGACCGCGCUCUAUCGGAUUCUAGUCUCUUGACACCAGAACCUCAAUCGUCCCCCGAUGAUGUCGCUACCCCAUCAUCAUCCAACCCGUCUCCGACUAAAUCACCGUUGCCACAGAUCAAUACGGAUGUGAUUUUGUCAAACCGUGACAUGAUGCGUAAACGUCUCGGCAAACUAGCUGAUGUGUUGGGUGAACACAUCACAGAAGAUGAGUUAGAGCAAGCUAGUGUUACAUCCAACCAAAUGCUUUCAAGCCCUUCUGGAUUGGCGUCAUCGAGAAACUUGAUGUCUCCACCAUUGACUGCAGAUGAACGACGAGAUUAUUUGAAACGUACUGCUAAAUUGGACCGAAUGUUUGGUGCUAUGCCACCUAGCUUGUCAGUUGUUUCUCAUUGCAGUGAUAGCGCAGCAGCAGAAAAAUCGAUAUCGCCCGCCUCUGCUUUGUCGACACCAUCUUCUUCUGGAUCUGAUAAAGAUUCACCUACCGCUCGCGCCCGGCGAGCUAUCGCAAAUGUAGACUUGAUUCUUCAAUCACCUGCCGACGUCCAAGUCGCAGUAUUCGAAGCCAUGGCCAGUGACGAUGAAGACACCGAACUCCACGUAACCCAUGACGAAACAGAACGUACCAGCUUUGUAACCGUGAAAUCCCUACUCCCAUCAACAACCAACAAAGAAUCUCUCCAAAAGAAGCUGUUGAAACUAGAACGCCUACUCGGCCGUGACAAUUCUGACGUGCAAGGAGCCAUCCAAGCCCAACUUAUUAACGACUUGGAGCAGAGCAUUGAAGAUCAAGUCAAAGAUCAGGACGAGCAAGCACGACUAAAAGACGAGGUUGGACUACUACGAGAUAAAUACCGUAUACGACCUCUUUUGAGCGACGGUUCGAUUGGAACCUCUCUCAGUGAUGAGGAUCAAUGGGUACCGGAAACCAAGAAUGAUUUAGGUGCUGAAGAGAGACGAGUGCUGACUAAGUCAGCCAAGAAAUUGCAUAAGGUGCUUGGUGAAGCACUAGAUGAAAACACGAUAAAAACAAGUGGUGUGCUUGGAUUUAAUAGCUUGGCAAGAAGUCCUACAAGCCCAACAAACUCUAGCCCGAAUACUGCCGAACAAGAAAAGACGGCAAUCGCAGCAACCAUGCCACGAUUAUUCAAGCGUGAUGAUUCAAGUUUGAAUGGGAGUGAAACGAAUCUGAUUGCUGCAUUCAACCAUUCACUCCCCGAACGAAUAAUCGAAUCACCUUCUGCUACUUCUACCGUAACUAGUGCCAUUACUGCGGACAUCCCCGGUGACGAUCGCGAAGAACGUCGUAAACGACUAGAAAAACUAUCUGCUGUGCUUGGCCAGACCAUUUCUCCCAUGGCACUGGAAGAAGCCGCUGCAGCAGCGACCAAGACCCGUUCAUUAUCUGCCAACGAGCCUCAAACACCACUCAACGAAGACGAGCGCAAAAUGCUGAUGAAGAAGGCCAGCAAGCUUGAACGAGUGUUUGGAGAACUCCCACCUGCAAAUGCAUUAUCGGAGGGCUUCACCAAAGCCCAGAAAUCAAUUCAGGGUGUGACGGAGCUUCUAGCAUCACCGAAUGAAAACAUGCUGGGUAGACUGCUCGAUACUAUUAUUGGACCUGGACCGGCUGCACUACCUGUAUCUUCCAACGAGUUGAAUAUCCCAUCCUCCUCAUCAACAUCCCCAGACUCCGCAAACGUCAGCGCCAGCUACCUUCCCGACCGCUCAGUCUCCAUGUCCUCAACGCAAUCCCACCAACCAACAAUCCCGUCCUUUAACGAUUUCAGUAACGGACCGGACAAGGAAUCCCGUAAACGACGCCUAAAGAAACUGCGUAAAUUCUUUGGUGGGAAUGGCGCCGACCUCGGUGCACUAAUUGAACAAGUCGUAAUCAAGGAACUCGAAGCUUCGCUAGACUAUGAGUUCAAUUCCGAAGAAGAACGACUCCAAAUCCGUCAAGAAGUCGAGCAAUUACGUCCUCUCGUCAGACGCCAAUCGCGUGCCAUAGCCAUGGAAUUGAAACAAAACAAGUUUGGAUUGACAACCAUGUCUGAGGUAUCGAUUGUCAACAAGGAAGGAUCGGAAGAGUCGCUUGCAAGUGCUAGUGGAAGUGAAUCAUCGUCUCGUCGAGUGAGUGUUGGUGCGCCUCCACCGAUGGUUACUAUUGGAAUGCUGUCUCCGAAAACGAAUGGUAGUAGGAGACCAAGUCGGGAAGCUGGGGUUGGAGCUAGGCUUUCGCAGAUUAUUCCAUCGUCGAGCUCGAGUCAGCAGCAACACCAUAUGGACGUACCUGGACAAGAACGAAUGGUGGUUUCUGGAUCUAUUCUGCCUGUACCGGAUGCAUCAACUACUAGCUUUUCAGAAGCGAUUGGAUCUUGGUUGGCUAUUGGUUCUAACGGGUUGAAGAAACAGCAAGCGGUAUCAGUUCCUGAGGUGCCUGAAUCGAAACGCAAGGCAUCCAAAUGA